AUGGACGCAUCGGAAUUUGUCUUUGAUGACAUGAUGCAAAGCGUCCACAUCGACGAGAAAUGGUUUUAUGCAACCCGGGUGAAGCGGUCAUACUACUUGGCACCUGGCGUGGAACCUCCUCAUAGAACCUGCAAGUCCAAGCGCUUCAUCACGAAGCUCAAGUGCCAGCUCAGCGAAAAAGCCGCAAUCGUCCGGCAGGAACAAUGCAAACAGUUCCUGUCAGUGUGA